UAAUUAGGCUGACACGACCAUGACAAUCACACCCGUUUGCCAGGUAGCGAAACUGUCCGAAGGAACACACGUGAGGGGUGACGAAUCUCUCCCAUGGCAGAGGAAGGAAAGCCAGAUGCCCACCUGUUUCAGCUCCUCUCUGGUCUCCUCCAACAGGUGGAAGCAUUGACCAAUGAAGAAGAAGUUGAAUUGCGUUCAAAAAUCGAAGCCCUUGGAUUGGAGGUUACAAAACUUCCAUCGCAGUCAACGCAGCAUCUGGACGAGCUGGAAAUAGCCAAGGAGUUGGAUAAAUUAUCGGCAAAGUUGGAUGAUGUAGAUGAGAUGAUUUCUUCAGCGAUGGCUGCAGAUCCCCAGGUGAAGUCACUGUUGAGUGGUACUGCAGAUGUAUGGAUGCCAGUUAUUAGUGCCACUGCUGAUGAACGACGCAAUUUUACAACUUCAGUGGCAGAUGAUAACCCAGAAGCAAAAGAGAGAAGUUCCAGUUAGCAGUUGACACCUUUCAACAUUAAGAAGAAAAGUACCACGAGAUCAAUAGCUAGCUGGUGUGCAUGUUUGUUUUCUAGUCUAGUCGUUCCUCUUAAAUUUCAGAUUCUUCACUUAACAGUGGCAGGAUUUUGUUGUGUAUUGAGCCCAUCCUAAUAAGGGUUUAAGUAAACACCACGCUGACGAUGAGAUGCCAGUUCUACAUAUUCCUUAUAUUCAACAGAACCCAUAAAAUCGUGGAUUUA